AUGAAUUCGUCGCAAAUUAAGCCUUUCAAAGUCGAUAUCCCCAUUGCAGAGGUGGAACGACUAAAACGAAAACUUGAAGACACACGGCUCCCUGGCCGCGAAAUUGUCCCAGGCGCCGCUGAUCGUUACGGACCAAAGUACGAAUGGGCCACCAAUCUGUACAAUGCAUGGACGAAGGACUAUGAUUGGUAUCCAGUACAGGACAAGAUAAACGAAUUCCCCCACUACCUGGCCGAUAUUGAGCACAUGAAGAUUCAUUUUCUUCACGCUCGAGCAGAGAACCCAGAUGCAAUACCUUUGUUGUUGGUUCACGGCUGGCCAGGAUCGUUCUGGGAGUUCAGCCAGGUGUGGGGACCCCUGUCUCAUCCGGAAAACCCUAAUGAUCCAGCCUUUCACGUUGUAGUGCCGAGCAUGCCGGGAUUCUGCUGGUCUUCGUGGCCCCCUCGUGCAGGUUGGACGUUGCAGGAUAACGCACGCGUUUUUGAUAAGUUGAUGAAGGAGCUUGGUUACUCUGAAUACAUGGUCCAGUGUGGUGAUUGGGGACACUUCGUUGGCCGUGAGCUUGGCGCAAAGUACACCGACUCUUGCAAGCUGUUACACUGCAACUUCUCUCCAAGUCCUCUACCACCAGGCGUUGAGUACACUGAGAGAGAGAAGGCAGUAGCUGCAAGAGUUGACGAUUGGGUGGAGAAUCAUAUUGGCUAUGCUGUCUGUAUGCGAACUCGGCCCCACACUAUAGGAAUUGGUCUCAAUGAUAAUCCCAUGGGGAUCUUGAUGUGGGUGGGCGAGAAGUACAACGAAGCUGCUGACCCUGAAAAACAAAAGCUGCCUUUCUGGACUCAAGCAAUCCUUACUACAGCCUGCCUCUAUUACUUUACUGACUGCAUAAUGCCGUCAAUGCUGUGCUAUUAUGAAAACGUUCGCCAUGAGAACUUUGCAACGUUUGCGAUGCAGCCAGAAAACCGGAUUCAGGUGCCAUUCGGAUAUACAUCUUUCUUUUGGGAUACGGAGCCAUCAUCAAAGAGGGCUGUAGAACGAACAGGAAAUCUGGUGUACUACAAAGGUGAGUAUUCCUAUUUAUGGGAUAUAGAACCUCGGCUUGAUUCAAUAUUGGACGUGAAACUAACUUCACCGAGUAGAACGCAAUGA